AUGGAAUUCACUCAACCUACUCAACCUCAAACUCAACCUACUCAGCAAUCUCCAUUAACUCAGGACAGCACAAAUGAUUUGGACAAAAACAUCAUAUGUAGAUUAAUAUGUACAACGGGCCAGUAUAACUACUUUGAUUUGUCAGUGGAGGACUUACUGCCGGAUUCUAAAUCUCGAGUAUGGACCUUUGGAAGAAAUCAGGACUGUGAUUUCUUAUUGACGCUGUGCACAAGGUUAUCAAAUCGUCAUUUCAAGCUUUGGUUUAACCAGGAAAACAAAACGGUGUGGAUACAGGACACUUCCACCAACGGAACCAAUUUAAAUGGUCAUAGACUAGUAAAGGGCUCCAACUACAUUUUGAAUCAAGGAGACGAAAUAGCGGUUGGGGUAGGCGUACCUAAAGACGUUGUGAAAUUUGUGGUUUUAUUUGCAGACCAAUACAACCCUUCCAAGUCCAGUCAGAGCCAAUCGGCUUAUAAGGAUGAACAAGGCAUCUUGAAGGAUUUCAUAAUCAAGAAUGAAGUAAUAGGACAAGGAGCAUUCGCCACAGUAAAGAAGGUCAUUGAAAGAUCUUCUGGGAAGUCAUAUGCGGUUAAGAUCAUAAAUCGUAGAAAGGCAUUGAACACUAGCAGUGCUGUUGGUGGUGUAGAUAGAGAAUUGUCGAUCUUGAGGAAAUUAAACCACCCAAAUAUAGUUUACUUAAAGUCUUUUUAUGAGGAUAUGGACAAUUACUAUUUGGUGAUGGAAUUCGUUCCUGGAGGAGAUUUGAUGGAUUUUGUUGCAGCCAAUGGUGCCAUAGGUGAAGAUGCAUGUCAAGUGAUAACAAAACAAAUCUUGGAUGGAAUUGCUUACGUCCAUAAAAUGGGAAUAUCGCAUAGAGAUUUGAAGCCUGAUAAUAUCCUUAUUAUGCAAGAUGAUCCGAUAUUAGUUAAAAUAACUGAUUUUGGUUUAGCCAAGAUUAGUGACAAUGCAACUUUCAUGAAGACAUUCUGCGGUACUUUAGCAUAUUUGGCUCCCGAAGUUAUAAGUGGAAAAUACGAACAUCAACAGCAUCAUGUGGACCCAAAAACUAACGCAAGAAGUAGUAACUAUUCGUGUUUAGUUGAUAUUUGGUCUUUGGGAUGUCUAGUUUAUGUUCUUUUAACAUCGCAUUUACCAUUUAAUGGAAAGACUCAAGAACAAAUGUUUCAAAAGAUCCAAUCAGGAGAAUAUCACGAAUCUCCUUUAAACUCCUACAAAAUUUCCAAAAAUGCAAGAGAUUUUUUAAAUUGCUGCCUUCAAGUAAAUCCAAGAUUAAGAUUCUCUGCAUCUGAAGCUUUAAAGCAUGUGUGGUUGGCUGGAGUUGAUUCAGUGCCAGAUGAUGACAGCCAAGAAGGAGCAGAUCUGCAAAAGGUAAUUAGUUUAUCCCAAUCUCAGUCUCAACAGUCACGUAAGAAUAAUAAUGGAAGUGGAGGGGAAGGAGCAAGUGGUAUAUUUAAUAUGUCUAUGAGCAAAAUUGAUGAAGAUAUAAUGAAGAGGCCAUUGGUGGAGAAUAAGAAAACUAAAGCAAAUGAAUUUAAGAUACCUAAAAGAGUUAUUCCUCUACCACAAUCACAGCAACCCUUAUCACAGCAGCGUCAACUGCAACCAUCACAACCACAUCGAUAUGGCGCAGGGAAGCCAAACCUGCAGUUGCCUGAUUCUAUUCCCGAAGAUGAAAAAGAGCAUCUCAAGCUUACAUCAUCUAAUGAAAAUAGCCCAGAUUUGGGAAUCCCAAUGAUUUCAAAAUAUGGCAUUAAAGAAGUGUUGAAACGUAAGCAUUCAUUGGACGAUAGUGGUAGCAGUGGUAGUGGAGAUGGUGAUGUCAUCUCACCUUCUGAUAGGAAGAGAAUUAAGCCACAAAUCAUCGAUAAAGUUGAUCUUUCAUCAUUGAAUAUAUCUCAAAGGUUCGGAGGAGGAGCAGAUGUACCACAAACAUCAAACAUUUGGUCACAGGAUGCACACCAAGAAGCUUCCAAUGGUAUUAAGAUGGAUAAUAAUGACACUACUAGUAAUGAACUGGAAAUCCCAAUUGAUACAUUUAUGGCACUUGUGCCGUUAUCCCAAUCACUCUCUAAGAAGCCUAUAUACAUACGACAAGGUGUCAAUCCAUUUUCAAUUGGACGUCAUGAAUCAUGUGAUAUUUUCAUUAAUGAUGAUAGAAUGUCUAAAAUUCAUUGUUUGUUCAAUAAGAAGAGACAUCCGGUCUUGGAAUUAUCAAUAUAUGAAAGUCCCGCUCACUGUCUUGAUGAUGUUUGGUUAUUGGAUUGCAGUACUAACUCAUGCUUAGUGAAUGGCGUGAUAUUAGGAAAGGGACGUAAAGUUCAAUUGUUCGAUGGAGAUAAGGUAGAAUUCUUCAAUGAUUCAAGAUCCGAAGAAUCGAUAGGAUAUUCUGUCAAAAUUUGUGAUUCAACGGGUUUGUUUAAUUCUGGUGAAAGAACAGCCGAUAUGGACCAUAAAUUUGUUAACGUUAUAAAGCAAGAUUUCAAUGACGCCAAACUUCGUCCAAGGAUACAUGAAUCACUGGCUGAGUCAUCCGAGCUCAAUGGUAAAUCCAAUAAAUUAUCUGCUACAGGACCUUUUAUUGCAAAUGCUGUUAAUCAAGCACGACCACAGAGAAAGCUGAAUGAACAAAGCAAGCUUAGUAUAGUCCUGGGAAGUCAAACAAAAAGAGCUGAUUUAAAAGUUGGCCAAGAAAGACCUACUAAUUCUUGGAUAUAA